AUGGAAACCGGCGAUUGGAGCCUAGAGCGUUUGUUUGACGGCACCGUUUACGAGGCGUUCGGAAGACCGCCGUACCAACUGGACUCCGACGUGGAGUGGGGGAAGAUGCUCGCUUCAAGCGACUUCGAAAGGGACGACGACGAUUCGGGCUCGUAUCCCCCGCCCGCCGAAAUUCCUUCGUCCGCUGCGGAUCUCGACGAUGCACGCUACCUGUUGAGUAAAAGGCUGGAGUUUAUGGAGGGCACCCUCAACGAAUGGACGAGUACGGAGGAAUGGGUGACCGAGGCUCUUAGGGUGACCGAUAAGAUUGACGGGCGGUGGAAUUCAGAGUGGCGGGCAAUGGAAUAA